UUACCUUGCUUGCAGAUAUCAACUUCAAGCAUCAUUUUAAAAAGCAAUGAUAAACUAACAGAUCAGGACCUCACUCUUGGGGAUUUAAAAAAUAAAGAUGAACAAGCAGCCAGGAAUAUAUUCUGAUAUUGGCAAAAAUGCUACAGAUCUUCUGUAUGGAGAUUAUAUCAGAAAAUCACCAAUUCACAAUUUGCUUGACUGGGGCUUAUACUUCAAAUGUCAAGUUAAUGACAUUGUACCUGGAUUAAGUUCACUAGUCAAGUUGAGUGUACCAGAUCAGAGGUCUAAUAAGGUGGAGGUGCAGUACAUGAAUAAUUAUUUUGGAGUUGCAACAGGCAUCAGUUUGGAAAAAACCCCACUGUUGAGUCUCUCUGGUGUUACAGGAAUUGGAUUUUUCAGUAUUGGAGCUGAAAUCGCUUUUGAUACAGCAACGAAAACACUGGCAGAAUGCGGUGGUGGUUUGAGCUUCGAUACUGACAUUCUCUCUGCUUCACUCACUCUGAGCAAUAAUGCUGAUACCUUGAGAGCUCACUGUUACCGGCCGAUUCUACCCUUAACAAGCACUGGGGUUGCAGCUGAGUUAACACAUAGAUUCAUCAACAAUCAGACGACUCUUGCACUGGGGGCUCAGCAUUGCCUGUUUCCUUGCAUGCUGAUUAAAGCUCGAGUUACAAGUGAUGGCAGUUUGGGUGCUCUUGUCCAGAACAAUAUUUUCUCAGCACUCUCUCUGAGUAUCGGAGCAGAGAUGAAUGCCAUGGAUGCAGCGAAUACUGCUAAACUGGGGCUUGCUCUAAUUUUUAAUCCCUGAGUUAUAACAAAAAUGGUAGUCUCUCUUAGAGUCGUAUUAUCCUCGACUAUUUAUGCAUGCUAAGUCCAUAUCCAUGGAUUCAGAAUUUGAAGUUUAUCGGUUCCUGCAAUAACAUCAAGUUGAUAACGCAAUACAAUUAGCUUCACAAUCAAA